GAUUUGUGCUCUACUGCCCUCGAAAAAAACAUUAAAGUAGAUUACUACUACGUCAUAAUAACAAACAGUCUUUAACAACAACAUCAUCAUCACUCGAUACAUCUCUGCCUCUGUACAGUUUUGCUGACAUAUUCACAACACCGUUGCCUCAGUUUCAGCCAAGUACACUACUUCUUACUAAUCCAGGGGGCCUAAUAGCAGGAAACCAAGCCUACAAAGCACAAAUCCCAAACACAAAUUUUUGAGUAUAAUAUAAGGACUGAGCUAAUAAGUUAAAACAUUUCUGAUUUUUCUGAUAGAAAGGAAAUUUUACUAUUUGGCCCUCUUUGAACACAUCCUUCCCUCUCCUCCUCCUCCUUCCCCCAAAAAACCUGGAGAACCAUGCAGUUGCAAUUUCCUCUUUAACCCAUUUCAAAGAUUCGUUUUUUUUUUUUUGUAAAUCUCUUUCUCCUUUGGCGAAUUCGUAUUCCUUCUUUUCCAAUGAGUUCUAGAGACAGAGGAUCACCUUCUUCUUCUUCGUCAUCUUCUUCGUUACCAGGAAUAGAAAAGUAUAAUGAAAAGGUGAAGAAUCAGAUACAAGCUCUUGUUCGUGUUAUUAAAGUUGCUCGUACCUAUAGAGACGACAAUGUCCCUUCCCUUAUUGAACAGGGUCUUUAUCUUGGAUCUGUUGCAGCAGCUAGUAAUAAGAAUGUUUUGAAAUCUUACAAUGUUACACAUAUUUUGACUGUUGCUAGUUCGUUGAGACCAGCUCAUCCUGAUGACUUUGUUUACAAGGUUGUUCGAGUCGUGGAUAAGGAAGAUACAAAUCUAGAAAUGUACUUCGAUGAGUGUGUUGAUUUCAUUGAUGAAGCCAAGAGACAAGGCGGUAGUGUUCUUGUUCAUUGCUUUGUUGGCAAAUCACGGAGUGUCACUAUAGUUGUUGCUUACCUCAUGAAGAAACACGGUAUGACUUUAGCUCAAGCAUUGCAACAUGUUAAAAGCAAAAGACCCGUGGCAAGUCCUAAUGCUGGUUUCAUCAGACAAUUACAAGACCUCGAGAAGUCUAUGCAAGGUAUGCCUUACUAUAAUAUCUUGAGGUCUAGACUAUUAGGUUGAGAUCUCUGUGGUGAAUCUAAGUUGGAGAUACUUUGUCUGUCUGAUUCAGUAGUGAGUGACCAGUUUUUUUCCUUUUGAGGAUGAAAAGCAAGUGGUUGUGGAGGAGAAGACAGUUCCAUGUAAAUAUCUCUUACAUGCAUCUUCCUUCUUCUCUAUAAAACAGGGAAGCAAGUUACGAUUGCACAAUGUCAGGCGUGAAGAUCAUUGAUCGUACCAUUGGGAGAAACUUGUAAAUCUCACACGAAGCAUCAAUCAAAAUGUUUUGUUGUUUCUUCUCCUUAACAACUCGAAUAAUAACAUGGAAACGAAUUUGGAAUAUGUUCAUGUUCUCUAUUCGUUUUGUAUAGUUUCAUCAUCAUGGAUAUAAAAGUGAACAUAAAUAAAAAUUUGUAAAUUUUUUGUACCGCAAUGAAAUGUCUUUUUUGUGUGUAAAA